AUGCAUCUUAUGUACACUCUCGACGCCCAGGGCAAGCGUGUCUACACCCUCAAGAAGUCGAGCAAUGGAACUAAUCUUCGGCUACUGCAGGUCCAGAACGGCGAGGUCACCAAGUCCGCCCACCCUGCUCGCUUCUCCCCCGAUGACAAGUACUCUCGUCACCGUGUCACCUUGAAGAAGCGCUACGGUCUUCUCCUCACCCAGCAGACCGGUACCCCCGCUGCUCUCUAA